AAGAAAAUAUUUCAGCCAAUUAUAUGAUCUUUGAGUUUUGUACUAAAAAAAAUCAAUCACAGGGAAUGGAGUGCAUGAUUUUAAUGCAGCUGUUUUCUCUGCUCUCUGUGACAUAGUGUUGAUGACAUGAGUUCUGUCUCUGCCUAUGAGUCUGGAAAGGCACAUUUGCUAUUAAUUCUGAUUAGAGGGAGACCUGAAAAAAAGUAUUCAUAGUAGUGAGAGAGUAAAACAGGAAAUAUGGGAAGAUCAAGAAUGAGGACUUCAAAAUGAAGCCUCCUAGGAAAAGAGGAGAGUCACAGCAGAGAACAGAAGAACAAAGCUUCCAGAGUUCUUGAGAGAUGGCUUUGGAGACAUGUGGAAGCUGUUUGAGUUGCCUACUGGUACCUCUUGCACUUUGGAGUAUUGUUUUGAACAUCCUCCUAUACUUUCCAAACGGGAAAGCUCUGCAUGCUGCCAGUUACCAGCUCCCCAACCAUGAGUGGUAUUUUGAAGGCAUCUGUUUCUCAGGUGUGAUGAUCCUUCUUUUGGCAGUAAUUCUGAUAACACUGGAGUGUAGUGUGUUCUAUCGGUGCUGCCAGAGUGAGAGCUGUAACAAAACCUACAGGAGUUUUAUUUCUAUUGUGCUAGCCCUGCUUGGAAUUGCUUUCUCGGGAUACAGUUGCAUCAUUUUUACCCUGCAUUUGAUUCAAGGCCCUUUCUGCAAUUCAUCAAGUGGAUGGAAUUAUAUUUUCAAAGACACUGCUGGGGGGUACCUCACAGAUUACCCUGCCUGGUCUAAGUGCACAGAACCUGCUAACAUAGUGGAGUGGAAUAUUAUUUUACUCUCAAUUUUGAUAGCUCUCAGUGGGUUGCAGUUGAUCAUCUGCAUUCUCAAAGUAGCCGCUGAGUUGAAACGAACACUCUGUGGGACCUAUUCUGUUUUUGUGCAGGCUGGGAUUCCCUGAAAAUGUCAAGGAAAUUGUUGCUGCUUCUCCCCCAUCCCCAGGAAAACAGAGAAAUGGCCUCUCCAUAAUCCAUAGUGGUAGAUUUGCGUGCUACGAAGAAAAAGGAAAUCCUUGUCUUAAAUCUCUGUCCGUCAAACUUCUCUGUUUUGGAUGAAGUAUAUUUGAACUGUCUGACAUUUACAUUUUUCUUCAUCUGUCCUGUUGCGCCUGGCAGGGACAAUUAAUUUUUUACCCUCCAGCUUGUGACAGUAGGGAUAUUUGAAUAUAAUUGAACUGCUUUUGUACUGAAAUCACCUUAUUAUUUUUUUCUUAAUAAACUGCUGAAGAACUGCUUUGUA